CGCAUCCUUGGAAGCAACAAUUAAGCAGCUCUGGGAUAAAACACACAGCCCGCGGGAGCACGGGGGCAUUGCUUCAAGAGAUGGCAAGGCAGGCAGCUGCACCCCUCCUCCCCGGAGUCCUCCUCCUCCUCUCCAUCCUCCCGGCUACUCAGCAAGGAGGGGUUCCUGGUGCUAUCCCGGGAGGGGGAGUCCCAGGAGGAGGCUUUUUCCCAGGUGCUGGAGUUGGAGGUUUGGGAGCAGGACUCGGGGCUGCAGGAAAACCUCCCAAACCAGGGGUCGGAGGACUUGGGGGGGUCGGAGGACUUGGGGGACUUGGUCCCCUUGGCCUGCAGCCAGGUGCUGCGGGUCUGUUCCCCGGAGCUGCCUUCCCUGGGGGGGUGUUCCCGGGAGCCGCCUCGGCUGCGGCGCUCAAGGCUGCUGCAAAAGCUGGUGCUGGCAUUGGAGGCGUGGGUGGAAUUGGUGGUCCUGGUGGCCUCGGGGUCUCCACAGGUGCCGUGGUACCGGGCGCGGUGCAGCCCGGCCUUGGCGCGGCAGGGAAACCCCCUAAAAUACCAGGUGCUGGGAUUCCUGGAGCUUUUCCAGGCGGCGUGCUCCCUGGCGCAGGUGUUCGCUUCCCUGGCGUGGGAGUACUGCCUGGAGUCCCCACUGGAGCUGGAGUCAAACCUAAAGCCCCAGGAGCUGGAGCCUUUGGAGGAAUCCCUGGACUGGGAGGUUUUGGAGGUCAGCAGCCCGGUGUCCCUCUGGGUUAUCCCAUCAAAGCUCCUAAGCUCCCAGGUGGCUAUGGACUGCCCUACACCAAUGGCCUCAGGCCCGGCGGGAUAGGAGCCGGCCUCCUGGCAGGAAAGGCAGGAUACCCCACCGGGACAGGGGUAGGAGCACAGGCAGCAGCAGCGAAGGCAGCAGCGAAACUUGGAGCCGGUGUCUUGCCCGGUGUUGGCGGCAUCCCGGGAGUUGCACCUGGUGUCGGCAUCGGCGGUGUCCCAGGAGUUGGAGUCGGAGGACCGGCAGCGGCGGCAGCAGCGGCAAAGGCAGCGGCAAAGGCGGGAGCUUUUGGAGCUGGCGUUCCUGGAAUCGCUGGCGUUCCUGGUGUUCCUGGAGUUCCCGGUGUCCCUGGUGUGCCUGGGGUUCCUGGUGCUGUGCCCGGUGUUGGAGUGGGUGGCCCGGCAGCAGCGGCCGCAGCCAAGGCUGCAGCGAAAGCAGCGGCGAUUGGAGCAGGACGUGUUCCCGGAGUGGGUGUUCCCGGAGUGGGUGUGCCAGGUGGUGGUGUGCCCGGUCUGGUGCCUGGGGUCGGCGUUCCAGGAGGUCCGGCAGCCGCUGCCAAAUCAGCCGCCAAAGCAGCCAAGUACGGAGCAGGUGGCCUGGUUCCUGGUGUGGGUGGCCUGGCUCCUGGAGUGGGUGGCCUGGUUCCUGGAGUAGGUGGCCUGGUUCCUGGUGUUGGAGGUGUCCCAGGUGUUGGAGGUCCAGCAGCAGCGGCCAAAGCAGCAGCCAAGGCAGCCAAAUUCGGUGCUGGGGUUGGAGGGGUGCCAGGGGUGGUGCCUGGCGUAGGUGGAGUGCCCGGAGUGGCACCCGGCGUUGGUGGUGUGCCAGGCUUGGUGCCAGGGGUGGGAGUACCUGGAACUGGCAUCCUUCCCGGGGCAGGCAUCCCCCAAGUAGGGGUGCAACCUGGUGCUAAACCUCCCAAAUUCGGUGUUCCUGGGGUUGGAGUCCCAGGAGUUGGUGGCCUCCCAGGUGGCCUUGGAGUCGGUGGGCUUGGAGUUGGUGGCCUCGGAGCUGCUGGGAAACCUCCCAAGCUAGGCGCUGGAGUUCCCGGCUUCGGCGUAUCACCGGUGUUUCCAGGUGGGGUCGGCGGCCUGGGAUUCGGUGGGAAGCCCCCCAAGCCCUACGGAGGAGCUCUGGGUGCCCUGGGCUUUAGAGGCGCGGGCUGCGCGGCAGGGAAGUACUGCGGCAGGAAGCGGAAGUAACGCUCCGUCAGCGAUCACCUCAUGAACUUUGGUGCUACUGCAUGGUCCAGAAUGUAAAUUCGAAGCAAAGCUGAGACACCCUCUCCUCAAGCCCCGGACCCCCCCGUCCAUCCCGGGGCCGCGCCCGGCCCCGCGUUCCCCGGAGGGACCCCGCGUUCCCCGGCAGCGUCCGGCCCCCCCGCCCCUCGGUCCCGGCAGGGAGCGCGGAAUAAACUGCGGGGAGCAGCCGUCCCCCUUGGUGCUAUCGCUCUCUGCGGGAUUUGGGGGGGCUGGGCUGUCGCGCCCCUCCCCAGCCCCAGAGCUGACCCCCGGGGGGGACACAGGAUGAGGGGCACCCCACAUUGGAGGGAGGGAGGGAGGGAAGGGGAUGCCGGCGGCGGGGCUGUGCGGGGAGGGAUGGCCCCGUCAGCCUGGCCCCCGCCCCAGUCCCCGCGCUCCCCCCGGUUUGGGGGGGGCCGCGGGCAGGAGGGGAUCAGUCCCUUCACGUUGCUCACUUUGCUAUAACUGGGUGGGACGCCCUAUACAGAGGGGCUCGCUUCUGACAGACUAAUAAA